CUACGCGUUUCCUUCCCGAGUUCCAUGCGUGAGCUUCGCACGAAACCCUAGAAAUUGGUUCCCCUAAUCCAAACCCAGACACGGAUGCCCUCGUCUCGGAUAUUCAGCAUUCCUCCGAAUUCUCUGCGGAAUUGGUCAUUGCUUAUUCCUUGGUGGUCAAAUUAGGGCUGCGGGAACCAAUUCGUGUUUUUCUCCCCAAUUCUCUAGGGAUUGGACAUAUAUAAGGUAUGGAAUCGAUAUGGGAUUGACAAUUUAGGGCUCUGAGUUUAAUUUUGGUGUGGAUUGUGAUAAGGAUCGGAGAAUAAUCGAAAGCGUUGAUCUUGGGGAAGAGGGCUUGAUUUGGGGGUGCAAUGCCGCCGAUCUUAUCGUCUUCGAGGGCCUUAGCGAGGUUGUUAACGCGAAGAGGUCGUGCUUUGGGUGGCAGCAAUGGAUUGGGAUUGAUGGAGAAUUGUCUGGCAAAUGAGGGGAGGGUGGAGCGGUUUUCUCAAACUCGAUGUAUCAGUAGUCUUGCUCGUGUAGGGAAUUCGAACAUUGGUGGAUUGGUUGAUGAGCGGAGGGAGCAGGAUCUAUCUUUCGGGAGUUUUCAGAGUAAUGCGCAAACAAGAUGGUUUCUUGGUUGUGGAGAUGGAGAGGAAGGAGAGGUUCUUUCCAAGGUGCAUGAGGAGAAACGUGUGAUAGGGUACUCCCCAGAGCAAAUAUUUGCAGUGGUUGCAGCAGUUGAUUUAUAUGAAGACUUUCUUCCAUGGUGUCAAAGAUCCAGGGUUAUUAGGCGUAACAGUGAUGGAUCAUUUGAUGCCGAGUUGGAGAUUGGUUUCAAGUUCUUGGUUGAAAGCUAUGUUUCUCAUGUUGAAUUAACGAAACCCAAAUACAUAAAGACAACAGCAUCAGAAAGCGGUUUGUUUGAUCAUUUGAUUAAUGUUUGGGAAUUUAACCCUGGUCCAGUCCCAGGAUCUUGCCAAGUCCAUUUUUUGGUGGAUUUUAAGUUCCAGUCACCUCUAUAUCGUCAGGUGGCCUCCAUGUUCUUCAAGGAAGUGGUUUCCAGGUUGGUUUUUUCAUUCACAGAUCGAUGCCGGAGAAUCUAUGGUCCCGGCGUUCAAGUUCUAGAAAAUCCUUAUGGAGAAGGAAAAAUUGUUUCACGAAGCUGCUGAAUUUCUGUUAAACAAUACAGUUUGAAGAAUUAUGGGAAAAAAAUCUCAGUUUUCCCCCUUCUUACUGAGAUGAAGAGGAGGAGCCUUUUCAUUUGAUCUCAUGAAACAGAGACAACCAACACAAGCUUUUGUCAUGUGUUGGAACUCUGAAAAUUGAUUUAUUUGGUGUAACUCAUUCACUUCUUUUUUGUACCUAAUUUUUCAACAGGGAUUUUACCAAACAAACAAAGAAACAUUCUAUAUUUCUCUUC